UCACUGAUGGGCACUGAAAGGCAGCACUCAUAUAUUUCAUUGAUAGGUGGCACUGACUGGCACUGUUAGGUGGCACUGACUGGCACUGAUAGGUGGCACUGAUUGGCAGCACUUAUAGGUGGCACUGACUGGCAUUGAUAUGUGACAUUGAUGUGGCACUGAUGGGCACUGAAAUGUGGCACUGAUGGGCACUGGCAGGUGGCAUGAAUGAGCACUGUCAGCUGGCACUGAUGGACACUGACAGGUGGCACUGCUGGGGCUACACAGAUCAUCAGGGCACCCUGGUCAUCAGUGCCCUGAUGAUCACUGUCAGAUUGACAGCUUGUGAGGAGAGAAAUGCCGAUAACCGGCAUUUGCCU